CUCCAUCCUACCCAGAGGACAGGGCCCUUGGCAGUCCCCUACCCUGACUAGCAAAAUCCCCCAGAAGCAAGUGGAGUGGGCGUGGACCAGGAGACCUCUCUGCCCUCCCAGCAGGAUGGAUCCCUUUGAGGACACGCUGCGGCGGCUACGGGAGGCCUUCGCCACGGGGCGCACACGGCCGGCUGAGUUCCGGGCUGCGCAGCUCAGGAGCCUGAGCCGCUUCCUUCAGGACAAUAAGCAGCUACUGCAGGACGCGCUGGCCCAGGACCUGCGCAAGUCAGACUUCGAGUCGGAGGUGUCUGAGAUUGCCAUCAGCCAAGUUGAGGUCGCGUUAGCCCUCAAGAACCUGCGGGCCUGGAUGAAGAACGAGAGAGUGCCCAAGAACCUGGCCACCCAGCUGGACUCGGCCUUCAUCCGGAAGGAGCCCUUCGGCCUGGUGCUCAUCAUCGCCCCCUGGAACUACCCCCUGAACCUGACGCUGGUGCCCCUGGUGGGCGCCCUCGCUGCAGGGAACUGUGUGGUGCUGAAGCCGUCAGAGAUCAGCAACAGCAUGGAGAAGGUCCUGGCCGAGGUGCUGCCCCGAUACCUGGACCAGAGCUGCUUUGCUGUGGUGCUGGGGGGGCCCCAGGAGACCGGGCAGCUGCUGGAACACAAAUUCGACUACAUCUUCUUCACAGGGAGCCCUCGUGUGGGCAGGAUCGUUAUGACUGCUGCCGCCAAGCACCUGACACCCGUCACUCUGGAGCUGGGGGGUAAGAACCCCUGCUACGUGGACGACAACUGCGACCCACAGACAGUGGCCAACCGUGUGGCCUGGUUCCGCUACUUCAACGCUGGCCAGACCUGCGUGGCCCCUGACUACAUCCUGUGCAGCCCUGAAAUGCAGGAGCGCCUGCUGCCCGCCCUGCAGAGCGCCAUCACCCGCUUCUAUGGCGACGACCCCCAGAGCUCCCCAAACCUGGGCCGCAUCAUCAACCAGAAGCACUUCCAGCGGCUGCAGGCACUGCUGGGUUGUGGCCGUGUGGCUAUCGGUGGCCAGAGCGACGAGAGUGAGCGCUACAUUGCCCCCACGGUGCUCGUGGACGUUCAGGAGACAGAGCCGGUGAUGCAGGAGGAGAUCUUUGGGCCCAUCCUGCCCAUCGUGAAUGUGCGGAGCCUGGACGAGGCCAUCGACUUCAUCACCCGGCGGGAGAAGCCCCUGGCCCUGUACGCCUUCUCCAACAGCAGCCAGGUGGUCAAGAGAGUGCUGGCCCGGACCAGCAGCGGGGGCUUCUGUGGGAACGACGGCUUCAUGCACAUGACGCUCACCAGCCUGCCCUUCGGAGGAGUGGGUGCCAGCGGGAUGGGCAGGUACCACGGCAAGUUCUCCUUCGACACCUUCUCCCACCAUCGCGCCUGCCUGCUUCGCAGCCCCAGGAUGGAGAAGGUCAACGACCUCCGCUACCCGCCCCACACGCCGCGCAAUCUGAGGGUGUUGCUGGUGGCCAUGGAGGCCCGCUGCUGCAGCUGCACGCUGCUCUGAGCCCGUGCGGAGGCCUGGGGCGGCCCUCUGCAGCCUGUGGUUUGAGUCCUCCACCAGCCCUGCCAGCUAGCAGGGAAGAGCCUCAGCUAAGGAGCACGAGGAGGAAGAACAGCCAAGGCCACAGACCAGCACUAGCCUUCCUCCCUCAGCCACCCCUUAGCUAAGAUUGGCCACAGGGAAGGGCAUGGGAACCAGUGCAGUGACCCUCCCAUGCUAGCCACCUGUGUCCUGGGAGAAGAGGACAACAGAGCACUCUGAGCCAUUACUUUCCUAUAGAGGGUGCAGCAGAGGGGCCCUGUCCUCUGUGGGCCUCAGCUUCCCCAUCUGUGCAGUGAAGAAGAUUGACAAUUGACACCUCCUGAGAUUGUUGUGAAGAUUAAAUUAGGGAGUUGCUGACUCAAGCUCCAAGUGUCCCCUUUCCUCGCUCAUGUAGAGAGCUGCCUUCCUCUUCCCUCCCCUAGGUCAGCUGGGGUCCUGCAGCAGCAGCUCCAUGAGGGCCUCUCAGAGCUCUGGACCCCUUACCCUCACCAUGUCCCACCCUGGACUCAUCCUUUUACUCACCCUGUUUAUCCUCCUGGGCCCCAUCCCCUCAGCUGCCAAAGCCCAGAUCCUGGGCCUCCCGUAUGACACCCCUUCUCACCUUCCAAGUCCACACCCGAAUUGCCACCGCCAGGGCCUUAUGCAGGCCAACAUCCCAUGACCUCCCUUCUCCUCGGGGCCCUGCUUGGGGCACCUGCUCCUCUUCCCAAAGCUCCCAGGGACCAUGCCACUCCCCAGCCUGAAACCCUCCAGGGACUGAUUACCUGUGGCCCACAAGUCCCAAAUUGUUUUGAGGCUCUGCCUCUCGCUCCACGGACAAGUCACCAAGCUCCUGCCCCUUCGGCCUGCACUCAGCCUGCCCUUGUCCUCAACGAGCAUGCUUGUCCUUUUUGUCCGAGGACCUCGGCGGUACGCAAGACGUGCCUCUCUGCCUUUCCUGGCCUGCCCGACUCCUACUCACCGUCGGC